AUGUGAAAAUGUUACUAUAGUUCAAUUUCGUUUGUUAGGUUAGAAACAGCCAACAGAAAAUUAAGUUUUACUAUUGAAUUUUAGAUAAUUUCUACAUUCUAAUAAUAACUUAUCAAUCAAAUUUUAACAAUAAGCAUGGCUGAUAAACAAAAAACGCUUAUUUGCGGUGACGUAAAUGGAAAUUUUAAUGCACUCUUUAAUCGUGUAGAUACUAUUGUAAAAAAAUCUGGAAGUUUUGACAUCCUUUUAUGUGCUGGGAAUUUCUUUGGUGAUGACAACUCGCAGCUAGAUGCAUACAAAAUGGGAACCAAAAAAGUUCCAGUGACUACAUACGUUUUUGGACCAUCACAACUUGAGCACGCUGAUUAUUACUGUGAGGAAGGUGGUGAGAUUGUGCCAAAUGUCAUUUAUAUGGGCAAAAGAGGGAUAUUCACAACCAGUGCAGACGUCAAAAUAGCCUACCUAAGUGGCUUGUCCAGGAGAGAGAUGGGCAAAGAUGUAAAUAUGUGUACAUUUGAACCGAGCGACUGUAGUGCAGUCAGAGACGCAUGUUUCCGAGGGCAGAGUGAGUUCAGAGGUGUUGAUAUCCUCAUUACAACACUCUGGCCAGCAGGGAUACAGGAGGAUGAGAAUCAGAAGGUGGAUAUGGAACAGGACAGACUAUCAGAUCUAUUAUCAUGGUUAUCAAUACACAUAAAACCCAGAUAUCAUUUUGUACCAUCACCAGAAAAAUAUUAUGAACGACAACCAUACAGAAAUCAAAGUAUAAAUCAAGAUUAUAAAGAAUGUGCGACGCGGUUUAUAGCAUUAGCGCCCGUUGGUAACAAGAGUAAGGAGAAAUGGAUAUACGCUUGUUCCCUGCAACCCAUCACCAAAAUGAGGAUCAUGGACCUGCUCACUAGUACAACAGAUGAAACGGUGUGCCCGUAUAACCCGGACUUACUGAAACAACAUCAACCUGGAAAAGUUGUGAAGGUAACCGGGAACGGCCAGUUCUUCUUCAAUAUGGACGCAAAUGAUGACGACCAAGGAAAGAGAAAAAGAAAAGGUGACAAUCCCGAGAGAAAGAGACGGGAAAUCGAUCCAGAUUCGUGUUGGUUCUGUCUGUCGUCGCCGUCAGUCGAGAAACAUCUGGUUAUAUGCGUGGGCACGCACUGCUACCUCGCACUGCCUAAGGGUCCGCUCACACCUUACCAUGUCCUCAUACUGCCGAUAGCACAUCACCAGGCGCAGACUAAGGCACCAGACGAAGUGGUUAAAGAGAUAAAGCGCUUCAAAGACGCGUUAAAACAAUUCUACGACUCCAUGAACAAGUGCGCGGUGUUCUUCGAGCGGAACUACCGCACGUCGCACAUGCAGAUACAGUGUGUGCCGCUACCGCGACAUGUUGAGGCGCAGAUAUUGGAGGUUUUCCAGGACGAGGCCGGCAUAAACAGCAUUAACCUGGAGCUGCUGCCGCCGUACGCUGACAUAGCGCAGACCGCACUGCCCGGCGCGCCAUACUUCACCGCGGAGUUGCCGACAGGCGAGCUGCUGUACACGCGACCCAAGCAGCACUUCCCGCUGCAGUUUGCCAGGGACGUUCUGUCCAGCCCACCGCUGCUAAACUGCGAGGACAAGGCGGACUGGCGCCAAUGUCUCUUAUCCAAAGAGGAGGAGCUACAACACGUGGCCGACUUCCGACAACGGUUCCGACCGUACGAUUUCACGGCUGACGACAGCGGCAGCGACAGCGAAUAAGAGCGAUUUUGGACAGAUAAUGAGAAAGACAGGUAAAGACAAAAUGUUUUGUAUAUAUGGCCCUUGUUAUGACAAAUUUCAUACAUUUUUGACAUCUAAGGGUCAAUUCAGACCGGACCGGACCGCGACGCAUAGAUGCAUUUCUAAAUUUGAAAGAUUUGCACGACGUCUCAUGCAAUUCAAGUCUGUCAAAAUUCAAAUACAUACUUUAGAAAUGUAUCUACGCAUCGUUCUGAAUUGAUCCAGCCUUCGCGAAACUGGCGAAUGCAUUUUGACUAAGCAUUCUGAUGUAUCGUAAUAUUGUCGUAUACCUGUCUUCCUAUUAUCGGUCCGAUAUCGGAUCUGAUGAUGUAAACUGGGGUUAGUUUAUACUUUUAUACCGAGACGCGACGAAGCAUAAAGAUGCGGUAAUUUAAGAAGCGUAACGCACAAAUUGGUUGCACGCACUCGUCUCGUUGUGACUGACCCCAUUUCGUGUUAUACUCAAAAGUCAAAAUCGAUCCAGGCAAGAGAACAAAUACACGUUUUAUCAAGUAAA